AGCAUCAUGUAAGAGCAACGCAGCAGCUGGUUUCUGGAUGAAGCUGCGCGUUUCUCCUCCGAUCUCUUCUCAGUUGUCCGACUCUGGGGUGAUGCUGCUGCGCGUGAGCCAGUGAUCCUGCUGCGCUCGAGCUGCUGACAUUCUCUCUCUCUCUCUCUCUCUCUCUCUCUCUCUCUCUGCCUGCGUGCAUCUCUCCCUCUCUCUCUCGCUCUCUCCCCCUCUCUGUCCCUCCUUUCCUUUCCCUCCUCGCUCCUCUCUUCCACGCGCCCAAACCGCUCUGUCAUGGCGUCUUCCAACCAUGUUACCCCCACCAACUGUAGCUGGUGGCCCAUCUCUGCGAUGGAUGAGGACGGAAAGACCACAGACGGGGAGGAAUGCGACGAACCGACGGCAGAGCCUAAACCGUUCAACAAAGACAGGCUGGUUCUGUACCACUGGACGCAAUCUUUCGCUUCCCAGAAGGUGCGUUUGGUGAUUAAUGAGAAAGGUCUGGUCUGUGAGGAAAGGGAUGUGAGUCUGCCGCUGCAGGAGCACAAAGAGCCCUGGUUUAUGAGGCUGAACCUGGGAGAGGAGGUCCCCGUCUUCCUCCACGGAGACACCAUCAUCAGUGACUACAACCAGAUCAUAGAUUACCUGGAGAAGAACUUUGUGGGAGACACGGUGGCUCAGCUAAUUCCUGAUGCAGACUCGCCUCUCCACGAUCGUGUGCAGCAGUAUCGUCAGCUCCUGGAUGGUCUGCCCAUGGAUGCUUACACGCAUGGCUGCAUCCUCCAUCCAGAGCUCACCACCGACUCCAUGAUCCCAAAAUACGCCACCGCAGAGAUACGUAGACACCUGGCGAAUGCUGCGACGGAGCUCAUGAAGUUGGACCACGAGGAGCCUCAGCUGCAAGAACCGUACCUGUCCAAACAGAAGAAGCUAAUGGCAAAAAUUUUGGACCAUGAUAAUGUGAACUACCUGAAGAAAAUUCUGGGGGAACUAGCCAUGGUUUUAGAUCAAGUGGAGGCCGAACUUGAAAAAAGAAAACUAGAGUAUCAAGGUCAAAAGUGUGAGUUGUGGCUUUGUGGACCUGAAUUUACACUAGCUGAUAUCUGCCUUGGAGCAUUGUUGCACAGGCUCAAGUUCUUGGGACUUUCUAAGAAAUACUGGGAGGACGGUAGCAGACCCAACCUGCAGUCCUUUUUUGUGCGUGUGCAAAAACGCUACGCUUUUCGAAAGGUCUUGGGCGACAUUCACACAACCCUCCUGUCAGCGGUCCUACCGAACGCUUUCCGGAUGGUAAAAAAGAAGCCACCAUCUUUCUUUGGGGCCUCUUUUCUCAUGGGCUCGCUGGGCGGGAUGGGCUACUUUGCCUACUGGUUUUUAAAAAAGAAAUACAUGUAGUUAAUGCCCUGUUGUUGUGUUAAAUGUCUGUGUAUUUGUGUGAUGUUUAAACUUUUCUGUAAUGUUUUAUGACUGCAGGAAAAUAUAAUGAAUCUAUAUAGAGAACACUAUUACUUACCUGGUGAACAAAGACAUGUUAAAACAUUCCAUAUUAAGAAAAUCCUUACAGCACAUUUUCUGGUAGUAAAGGCCUUUAUGAUUUCAGAUUUUUUGGAAACUUGCAGCUUAUUGAACUUGUUGUGAAGGCAUGCAGGUCCACUUACACUUCGAUCUUAAAAGUAGAAGCCCCGGUAAACAAAGCAACACAAACCAGCAUGCAAAUAUAAUAAUAAUUAUUCAUAUGUGCUUUUCAUUUUUCUCCAUCCACCUGAGGUUUAACCAAACAACAUACAUUACACGAAAACUUAAUAAGUGCUGUGCUGCCAAAAACUGCCAGUAAAAUUAUGAUAGGGUGGAGGCAAAGUUUAAUUGUUUUUAAUACUUUGGAAAUGUUUUUAUUAGCCAUCUUGCAUCAGUCCCAGUCAUUUGUAAUUAAGUAUAAGAGUACAAAAGGGAGUUGGCUAGCAUAACUUAGCAUAGUUUAGCAUAAAGACUGGAAAACAAAGGGAAGCCAACUCUUUGCUAACAUACAAAGUUCUUUAAUUCAUUAGUAAACUUCAGCAUCCCUUCACUUAUGAACAAAGAUGUAUUGAUCAACCAAAGUGAUGAAAAGGAGUGUGGGUGGGCAGAUGUUUUUUUAUUUUUAGAGUUUGAUAAGCUGCUUCCUGACUGCAGUUUGUGCGCUUGUCGCAGUCACUAAACAUUUGUUCCAAAACAUAUCGAUAUGCGUUCUCCUAGAAAACCAGACAACUUUUCUACGAGAAGUGGCCAAUUCAACUUAUUUCUUCUUCCUGUCAUUUUCCAUUCAGAUGGCUUGAAAUAACAUUCUUCCCUUGAUAAAUUUGUUUAACAUGUAUAACCUACUUUGCAUGACUGUAGAAUCAUAACAUUUUUAAUUUUGGUUUACUUUCCUCUAACUGACAGAGAAUUUGGUACUUCCAGCUAUCUGCACAUUAAUAAUAGGUCAAAAACUUUAAAUAUGCAGACACGUUUUUGUUUUUUUCUUUUGGAAGCCAUAGCUAUAGUUCACAUGAUGCAUGAUACCUGCAUAAUAGGGGUUUUGAAUGACCACAGUCAAAUUCAGUCUCUGCUAACUUUUUUAAAGGCCAGCAGACACAAAAUGUGUGAAAGAGAAAUAUUAGUCACUCAUAUUGUAAAAAAGUUAUUGUUUUCUAUCAUUCACAUACAUCCAGUCUCUGUGUGAAACCAGUGAAAACUCAUGUCAAUAUUUCGUCAGUUUCUUACAGAAAUAAAUGCUUUUUU